AACAUGGGUAAAAUAACGCUCUAUGGUAUCGACGGCAGUCCGCCUGUACGCUCUGUCUUGCUCACUCUGAAAGCGUUGAAUCUACCCUUCGAGUAUAAGGUCGUUAAUUUGCUUGCCGGCGAGCACAUGACCCCGGAAUUUUUAAAGAUGAACCCACUUCAUACUGUGCCCACACUGGAUGACAAUGGCUUCUACAUCGGCGACUCACACGCUAUCAACGCCUAUUUGGUGUCCAAAUAUGGAAAGACAGACAUACUGUAUCCCCAGGAACUGCAAUAUCGUGCCAUCGUAGACCAACGCCUCUUCUACAACGCCAGUGUAGCUCUCCCUAGCCUUCGUGCCAUUCUUAAGCAGGUGCUUUUCCUGAACGAAUUAAAUAUUCCAAAGGAGAAAAUAGAUGCUCUCGCCGAGGUCUACACCACAUUAGAACUGUACCUGAAAGACCAAACCUACGUGGCUGGAAAUAUGCAAACAAUUGCCGACUUCCACUUCAUUUCUGUUAUCACAACGGCGACAGUAUUUCUGGAAGUCGAUCGAAGCACAUAUCCAAAGCUUGCUGCCUGGCUGGAACGGGCCAAGUCCCUACCCUACUACGAGGAGGCCAACGGCAAGGGCGUCGCAGGGAUCAUUGGCCUGAUUAAGUCAAAAGACCCCAAAAUUGUUUAAGUCAUGUCAUACUAGAUAUUAAUCCCAUGUUACUAUGUAAUUAGCAAGUUUAAUGACAAUUGAAUUGGCGUGUUCUCCAUAGAGCACGUAGUCGAACGUGAGUUUGUUGUAGUUUUCAUUUAUUUAAACCCCAAGGACCGCUAAAUGCCCUAUCUAGGAAUCACCUAGCAACCGAACUAAUUCAUACAAAUAGCUUACUGUGUGAUUCAAGUUCAUGACGUACUUGACAUUCGUCACUACAAAGAACAAUAAAACUCUUCUUUCGGCCAUUCGGCACUUUCACACCA